GUGAGCAGGCCGGAAGCGAGGACUCGCCUGCUGCCGCGAGAUAGUGAAAGGGGCGUGGGCGCUGGGGGCUGCCGGCUAGUAACCAUAGCGGCGCGCGUGAGUCGGCGGGCUAGUAACCAUAGCGGCGGGCGUGGGGCGGAGCGUCGCUCGCUAGUUCCCUGCGUGCCCUCUUGGGAGCUGGGUGCAGUGAGUCCUCCCCAGCGGGCUGCUCUCGGCGCGGAACCCGAGCUGCUGCUCUGGGACGUGUGCUUAGGGCGCGGGGCUGGAGCGCGGGGGCUGCGCGGGUGCUCGCGGCUCCGCUGAGGUCUCUAUGAAAGGGGGCGAUUUGAGGGUCCCGCCGUGACCGCUCCCAGCGGCGGAGACGCGCGCUCUGGACCAGAGCCGUUGCCCGCUGUCUGGUCACCCCAAGCCUCCUCCUGACGCCGUGCUGGUGCGAGGGUCUCCAGGGGAAUUCGGGGCACAAAUCGGGCCCGAGCGUCCAGGCUGUCGUGGCACGAAGGCGCAGGAUCGGCGCUUUGAGAACUGAGCGCCUGUGGAGUUCGGAGGAAAAGGGCGCAGAUUGAAGAUGGAAAAUCCCCAGGACAUUUUCUCAAGUAAUGGUGGCUGUCUAAGUGAUAUAGUUAUAGAAAAAUAUCUGGUUGAAUCCAAGGAGUCUGUGUCUCAUGUUCAGCUUGCUUGUAGCAUGCAGGACUGUGCUUUCCCUUUGGAUGGGACUGAACUUUGUAUAUGGAACACGAAGAGUCCUUCUCAUCAGCUUCUAAUCUUACGAGGACACCAUCAGCCAAUUACUGCUAUAGCUUUUGGAAAUAAAGUGAACCCACUUCUAAUCUGCUCAGCAUCGCUGGAUUACGUUAUAAUGUGGAACCUGGAUGAAUGUAGAGAGAAAGUACUUCAAGGGCUGGUCCCUCGAGGGACUGUCGUGGGCUCGCUUUUGGGAAAGGUGCUGUGUUUACAGUUGAGCCCGGAUGAUCAUGUUGUUGCCGUAUGUGCUGGAAACAAAGUAUUCAUACUGGAUAUUGAGACGCAGGCUGUCCAGGCCGAGCUGCAGGGCCACCUGGGCCCAGUGACUGCGGUGGAGUUCUGUCCCUGGCAAGCAGGCACCCUCCUCUCGGUGUCCGAGGACAGAGGCUUUAAGGUCUGGGACCAUUGUACGGGAUCAUUAAUAUACAGUUCAUCUGUGUUAUCAGCAUAUCCUCUUCUCAGCUUGUUCAUUGAUGCAGAAAGCAGGCAGCUGGUCACUGGGUGUGCUGACGGCCAGCUUUGGAUCUUCAGUUUGAUGGAUGGACACCACUAUCGUCGUGUGGCACGGGUUGACCUAAGGAAGAAGACAGAGACUUUCUCCACAAGAAGGCUUAAGUCUGGGCUGUGCAGUCAGCCAGAAGAAAGCCAGCUUCCAUCUACAAGUGUUCUGGGAAAAGGAGAGCAGGUUGAAGUAACAUUUCCUAUACUGAGACUUGCACCCUGCGAUCUCUCACUCAUCCCAAAUUCUGCAUGUGGAUGUCUUUCUUCUGAGAACACCCAACGCAUGUGGAUUGGAAGUUCGGUGGGCUUAUUCAUAUUUAACCUGGCAAACCUGGAAGUGGAAGCUGCUUUAUAUUACAGGGAUUUCCAGAGCCUCAGCAUCCCACUGGCCGGAUCGUGUGCCCUGAGGAACCGCACCGCAGAUCGCAAGACGCUGUGCUUGCUGGCCUCCCUCUUUGGCGGGAAGAUUGCCGUGUUGGAGAUCGACCCGGCCGCGCUGGUCAGGGCUCAGCAGUGCCCCGGCCUGAGGCAGAGCCUCUCGGUGCCAGCCAGCUCCUGUGUCCUACCGACCUCUCCACUGUAUCUGGGAAUUGCCGAGGAGAAGAGCACCAAGGCUGCUAGUGGACGGCGAUGUGCUGCACAGAACGUCACGAAGGACCAGCGCCUGGUUUUCCACAGUAAAGUCAGAUCAUCUGGUUAUGCGUCAGCACCACAUGUGACUAUGUUUUCACCAAAGACCAACAUCAAGAGUGAGGGGAAAGGAUCUUCAAGACGCAGGAGCAGCUGUGUAUGGGAGCCGUACCCCGUGGAGUGCGCUGUGCUCACCAAGCCCGGCCCCCAGGUUGCCGCCGCCCCCACCUGCACACGCGUGUGCUGCCUCCAGUACUCAGGAGAUGGGCAGUGGCUGGCCUGUGGGUUGUCCAACCAUCUAUCACUCGUUUUUGGUGCCAGCCUGACUGGGACACCUGCUGUGUUUUCAGGUCACGACGGGGCGGUGAACACCGUGUGCUGGAGCCAGGACCGGAGGUGGCUGCUCUCUGCGGCCCAGGAUGGGACCCUGCGGGUGUGGUCAGCUCGUGGGGCAGAGCUGGCACUGCUUCUGGGCAGAGACAUGUUUUCUAAACCGAUACAGUCUGCGCAGUUUUAUUAUAUAGAUGCCUUUAUAUUGUUAUCUUCUGGCCCUGAAUUUCAGCUACUGAAGUAUCAUAUUGACACUUGCAAAGAUGAGAUGAAGAGAUAUAAACAGAAGAGCAAGUCCAAGCUGAUUUGCAGGCUCUCCACGACGGGUGCAGUAGACGUGACCAGUCUAUCGGCAGUCAACGACUUUUAUUCCCACAUCGUUCUCGCAGCUGGCCGGAACAGGACCGUGGAAGUAUUCGACCUCAACGCCGGCUGCAGUGCAGCGGUGAUAGCAGAAGCCCACUCACGGCCUGUCCAUCAAAUCUGCCAAAAUAAAGGUUCAUCAUUUACAACCCAACAGCCUCAGGCUUAUAACCUCUUCCUGACCACGGCCAUUGGCGAUGGGAUGAGACUGUGGGACCUGAGAACCCUGAGGUGUGAGCGCCACUUUGAAGGGCAUCCAUCCCGCGGCUAUCCAUGUGGAAUUGCUUUCAGUCCUUGUGGGCGAUUCGCGGCUUGUGGGGCCGAGGACAGACACGCUUACGUGUAUGAAAUGGGCUCGAGCACGUUUUCUCACCGGCUGGCUGGGCACACAGACACCGUCACUGGAGUGGCCUUUAACCCAUCCACGCCCCAGAUUCAGACUUUGUGGUAUUUCUCGGGAAUUCCCUGGAGUUUGUACAAAAUCUUUGCAUAUAUCAUCCUUUACCUUAGGCGAAAACAUUUGAAGUCAACUAUUUCAAGGACUGGGAAUAGAGAAGAGAGCUCCUGCUGCAGGCAGCUCAGCACCAGGUCAGCUACUCUGUGCCGAACUGAAGGGAGCUGAGCGCUGGCCCCCUCCAUCUGGGCCGGAACUCAGGUCGUCCUGCCUCAGGUACAAGAAGUAACCGGUUCUUUGGUCUUCAGACUCCACUUCACUGGGUAAGUGAGAUUCCUUCUGGGACGGAGCUCAGGUCGUCCUACCUCACGUAUAAGAAGUAACCAGUUCUUUGGCCUUCAGACUCCCUGUUUCACUGGGUAAGUGACAGAGCCCUUUCUUUAAGUGUCACACCUCAUUGCGGAGCCCAUGUGAACACGAAUCAUGGGCUGGGGCAGCCAGUUCUGUUGCAGAGGGAGGGGGGCCUCCAGGGUCCUGCCUCUCCCCACCCCACCCAGCCCAACCUGCAAAGACUCGGUCAGGGCUCAGGCGUCCAGGCGUCACCGGCUAUUGCCGGAUUCCAUGAGAAGCCCCGGGAGCCGGGAGCACCGCCUCAGUCUGCAGCUGCAGGCAGGGAUGUCACCGCCAGACCUCCGCUGUGAUGAGACGGACUGCAGAGCGCAGGUGCAGUGCUGGCGGCUGAAGCAGGGCGGGCCCAGAGGAGCUCUCAGAUGAGGACAGGUCUGUGCCAGAGAAUGAACUGGGAUCUGCCCUGACAAGUGGAGCCUCAUUUGAAAGUGUCGGUAACAGGCUCUGUUUCUGAACCAAAGAUUCCCUUGCAACCUGGUGUGGAGUUUGGGCCGUGAUAUAUGGUGGAUGUGACGUGUACUACUCUUAGGGCCAACUUCAAAGCCCCCAAGACACAGCCCCAUGCCCUGUACCCUUCUGCAGCUCAGAUCAGAUGAGCCCAGUGGCCUUGGGGCCCUUGAAGAUGGUGGAACCAGGAGACGUGAGGGGCCUUGGCCUUGAAACACAACUCAAAGGGAAAUCACUCAUCUGGAAAACAGAUUUGGACCCAUACCACACACUGGCAAAUAUCUGGAGUUUUGUUGUGGGAAGCCUGUGUCUGCCCCACUCACGGUGUGGUGCAAGCUCCAUAUACCAGCGAGGACAACCGUGGCUGCCGAGAGUACCUCACAAGCCACGCAUCCUCCUCUGAGCUCAUGGCAGCCCUGAGAAGUGGGACGAAGACUUCCUUCAGGGGAAGAGGAGCGGCUGAGAGAAAGGAAGAGGCUUGUCCAGAACCACCAUGUGGACAUCUUCUGUGAA